AUGCCGAUCAGAAACAUCGCCAUCGGCGGAGUCCAAGAAGAAGUGACUCACCCAAGCGCACUUAGGGCGGCGCUUGCUGAGUUUAUCUCCACCUUGAUCUUCGUCUUCGCCGGCUCAGGAUCCGGAAUUGCUUUCAACAAGCUCACUGACAAUGGAGCCACCACUCCUUCAGGCCUUGUCGCCGCUGCCUUAGCUCAUGCUUUCGGUCUCUUCGUCGCUGUUUCGGUUGGUGCUAACAUCUCCGGUGGCCACGUCAACCCCGCCGUUACCUUCGGUGCCUUCCUCGGUGGUAACAUCACUCUCCUCCGUGGUAUCCUCUACUGGAUCGCUCAGCUUCUUGGCUCCGUCGUGGCUUGUUUCCUCCUUUCAUUCUCCACCGGUGGCUUGGUAACGUCAUUUACUUUAUGCCUUACUAAAUGGGUUUAA